AUGGAUGUUUUUGGAGGCCCUCGCUUCCUCGCCUACCCCCGCCCGCUGGUAGUUCCAAGUGGCACAGAUGCUGUGCUAAAAUGUCAAAUUGCUGGAGAUCCUCGACCAACUGUCAUUUGGGAGAGAGGUAACCAACAGCUUCAAGCUGCAGGCCGCUACCGACUUUUUGAGGAUGGCAAUGUUUAUAAUUUAAUCAUCUCUAAAGCAGAUGAGAAUGACAGUGGUCAGUACAUCUGUAAAGCCAAGAACAUCAUUGGAGAAACGUAUGCUGCAGCUACUCUUAAGGUUCAAGGUGAUGCUGAGGUGAGAGAACUUAGAGAGGAGAACAGGCCUUCUUUCCUCAUCAAACCACUCUCAGCUCGGGUUGGUCGGGGCGAGGAUGCCGUUUUCUCUUGUAAAUUAUGGGGAAAACCCCGACCAGAAGUGAUAUGGCAUAAAGAUGGCAAGAAACUGAAUGACAUUUUUGAGAGCUCACAUUUCAGUGUCUCACACCAAGACGGUGGCUGGUUUCAACUAAAAAUAUUUCAGACACGGGCACCUGAUGGCGGUGUUUACACUUGUUUGGCUAGAAAUGAGUUUGGGGAGGCACUAGCUGGUGCUGUGCUUUUGGUCGAUGCUGGACCAGGACAUGAAGAAGAUGGAGUUCGCAAUGGAUACUCCAAUGGCCAUUGGAAGCCACACGUAGGGAAUCGAGGGGCCAGGAUAAAUGCUAUUCAGCAAAUUGAGGAGCCACUGUCAGUAAGUUCAGCAAAAGUGAAAAUGUUCACAGUAACGGAAGGCAAGCACGCCAAGUUCCGAUGCUAUGUCACUGGAAAGCCAAAACCAGAGAUCAUGUGGAGAAAAGAUGGCAAAAUAGUGAUAUCUGGAAGACGACACCUUCUAUAUGAAGAUCGUGAGGGCUAUUUUACAUUAAAAGUUCUCUACUGCAAGCAACAAGAUAGUGGGCUUUAUGUCUGUGCAGCUUCCAACACAGCAGGGCAGACACUCAGUGCCGUGCACCUCUAUGUUAAGGAGCCAGCAAGAAAGUUCAAGCAACCCCUGAAUGAUGUGGAGGUACGUGAGCGAGAACAGGCUGUGCUGGAAUGCGAAGUACCGGAUCACUCCGUUCCAACUACUUGGUACCUAGAAGACCGACGACUACACCCAGGUGCAAAAUAUGACAUUGAGCAGUGGGGCACGGUGAGGCGUCUCACCAUUCGGGACAUUGGGGCAGAUGACGAUGGCAUCUAUCUCUGUGAGAUGGCUGAUGGGGAACGGAGCAUUGCUGAAGUAUCAGUCAGAGGAACCAUCGUUCGUAAGCUCCCCCGGAAAGUGGACGUUUUGGAAGGUGAGAAUGCUGCUUUCUGUGUGGAAGUAGAAGAAGAAGAAAUGGAUGUCCACUGGUUUAAAGACGGAAAAGAACUGAGAGAGACCCACCAGACAAUCAUCAAGUCAUUUGGCAAAACUCACUUCCUAGUUUUUGUAAAUGCAUCCCCUCAAGAUUCGGGACUUGUCACAUUCAUUGUGGGUGAAUCAAAAACUUCAGCCCAUCUUCGAGUCAGAGCUAUCCGACAGUGCCCACCCAGCUGUCCCAUUGGAGUGCAGAUGAAUACAGAGCGGGCCAACGCAGCCUUGAUGUCUUGGGUCCCAGCCCUCGACUCACGGAAGAAUCCGCCAUCAGGGUAUGUGCUGGAGCGACAGGAAGCCGGUUCCCAUGAGUGGCUGCAGUGUUUGACCACUGAUUCUGCCAGUGCCGUAGAGAUCCUUGGCGAUAGCGUUCCCUCAGAAGCAGAUUACAACUUCCGCAUCUGCAGUUUUAAUAAGUAUGGCAGGAGUGGGCAUGUAGAAUUUCCUGGAUUUGUUCACUUGGUUCCAGUUGCCCGGAUUCAGACUCCACUACAAGAUGCCCUAGUACCUGUGGGCACUGAUGCAGAAUUUUUUAUUGAGCUCUCUGCUUCUGUAAUUGGAACCUGGUUUUUAAAUGGAACCCAGCUCCAAGAAAAUGAGAAAUGUGUUAUUCACCACUAUCGAACACAGCAUUUCCUGCUCCUCAAAGAUGUACAAAUGUGUGAUGACAGAUCAGAAAUUACUUUUAUUGCUUACGGAGUAAGGGAUUCAGCAGUUCUUUCUGUACAAGCACCACCUGUGAAAUUUUCCAUUUUACCAGAAACAGAGCGCGAUAGAAAGGUCGAGGCUGGCAGCCCCAUAGUGCUGUACUGUGAGGUCUCAGACCAAAACGCUGCAGUUCGGUGGUUCAAGGAUGGGAAAGAACUUCAUCCACAAGAAGACCUUCAAAUCCAAUCAGAGGGCACAAUGAGAAGGCUAAUUCUUCAGUCAGCAGAUUUCAGUCAUUCUGGAAUAUACAGCUGUGAUGUCAUUGAUGAUGUCAUCACAUUCAAGAUUGAAGUUCAAGCACCACCUGUGAAAUUUUCCAUUUUACCAGAAACAGAGCGCGAUAGAAAGGUCGAGGCUGGCAGCCCCAUAGUGCUGUACUGUGAGGUCUCAGACCAAAACGCUGAAGUUCGGUGGUUCAAGGAUGGGAAAGAACUUCAUCCACAAGAAGACCUUCAAAUUCAAUCAGAGGGCACAAUGAGAAGGCUAAUUCUUCAGUCAGCAGAUUUCAGUCAUUCUGGAAUAUACAGCUGUGAUGUCAUUGAUGAUGUCAUCACAUUCAAGGUUGAAGUUCAAGCUCCACCAAUGAAGUUUGCGGCUCUUCCAGAAGAGGACUGUAAGAAGGUUGUUCGCACCGGCAGUCCAGUUGUUCUUUCCUGUGAGGUGUCAGACCCUGAGGCCCAAGUGUGCUGGUACAAAGAUGGAGAGGAACUUCACCAAGACAGCAACAUUAAUAUGCAGUCUGAAGGAACAGUAAGGCGCCUGAUCAUCGAUUCUGCAGGGGCCUCUCAUUCCGGAGUUUACCGCUGUGACUCUACUAACGAUGCAGUGAGCUUCCUCGUCGACGUCAAAGCUCCACCAGUGACGGUUGCCCCCCUUUCUGAAGUGGAUCUCAACAAAAAUCUUGAAGCAGGAAGCCCACUUGUUCUGACAUGUGAAGUGUCAGAUCCGUCUGCGGUGGUACACUGGUACAAAGACAAACAAGAACUUCGACAAGAAGACUUUGAAAUCCAAUCAGAGGGCACCACCAGAAGACUGCUCAUCCCAUCCACUGACUUCUCGCAUUCUGGAGUAUACAGCUGUGAUGCUGUAGAUGCUGUCCUCACUUUUAAUGUGAAUAUUGAAGCACCACCUGUGAAAUUCAUUCCUGUUCCUGAAGGGGACCUGCACAAAACAGUCUUGGAGUCGGAUCCUGUUGUGUUGUAUUGUGAGCUCUCUCGAUCUGACGCUCCUGUUCACUGGUACAAAGAUGGGGCAGAAAUUCAGCCAGGAGAAGACAUGAUAGUCCAGUCAGAAGGAACAAUGAGGAGGCUCAUCAUCCAGGCAGCAAAGCUCUCUGAUUCAGGCGUAUAUGCCUGCCACGCUGUAGACGACACCAUGAUCUUCAAGGUCAACAUUCGAGAGCCUCCUGUUACAAUAAUUCAGCCAUGUGAUGAUGUCCACUUGCAGUACAAUGUUUCAGACAAGAUUGUCUUAAAUUGUGAGCUGUCUCGUGCAAAUGCAGCUGUACAUUGGUAUAAGAAUGGUCAUGAGAUCCCGGAAAGUGAAGGUGUAAUCUUGGAAUCUGAUGGUUGUCUACGAAAACUGACUAUCCUUAAGGGACGGGUUGAAGAUUCUGGAGAAUAUGUCUGUGAUACUAACGACGACUCAAAAUUUUAUGAAGUUUCUGUAACAGAGCCAGCGGUUCAGAUUGUAUACCCUGAUAAGUCUCCCGUAGAUCUUAGAUUUCCAACCGCAGAGAGGGUACUGCUCACCUGUGAAGUUUCCAGAAGUAAUGCAGCAGUUCGUUGGUACCGAGAUGGACUUGAGGUUGACAGAAGUGAAAAUUUAAUCUUGGAAGAAGAAGGAGUUUACAGAAGACUUAUCCUCUGUUGCGCAUCAGUUGAGGACUCUGGGGAGUACAUCUGUGAUGCAUCUGAUGACUCGGUGACCUUCAAUGUCAUAAUUUCAGAACCACCAGUGAAAUUUUUGUAUCCUGAUAAAUCAUCAGUAGUUAAAUCUUUUGUGGGAGAGCCGCUGGAGCUGCAGUGUGAGGUAUCGAGGCCAAAUGCAGUAGUGUGCUGGCUAAAGGAUGGAAUGAAAAUCGAGGAACGUGAAGGGGUCUGUAUUGAGGAAGAUGGUAUUUUCCGUCGCCUGACUAUACAAUCAGCACAUUUUCAGGAUUCAGGGAAGUACUUAUGCAAUGCUAAAGAUGAUGUGAGGAAAUUCAAGGUGAAGGUCACUGAGGCACCAGUACUGAUCCUUAGAAAAGAAGAGCUAAAGACUGAACAAGAGUGUCUAGUGUCAGAUGAUGUGAUACUGGAAUGUGAGCUGUCACGAAUAGAUGGUAUUGUAAAGUGGUAUAAAGAUGGUGAGAAGAUAGUCGAUAAUGAUCGUAUCUGCUUGGAAGAAGAGGGGACGUUUCGGUCACUUGUCAUUUUAAAUGCAGAAAUCUCAGAUUCUGGAGAGUACUUUUGUGAUGCUCAAGAUGAUAGUGUUGUUUUCCAUAUUAAGGUGAAAGAGCCACCAGUGUUCAUUGUUGGAAACACAGACAGCCCUGAACACCACAGCCUUAUAGCAGGAGAUGACUUAGUGCUGUCCUGUGAACUGUCGCGCCCCACUGCCACAGUGCAGUGGUAUUUCAAUGGAAAGAUGCUCACAGCGGACUCUCGGACUCGAAUAAAAUCCCAUGGGACAGUGCGACAACUGGUGAUCUCAGGCCUCACCACUUUAGACUCAGGAAAUUACACUUGUGAUGCCGGAGAUGACAAAAUGGUCACCACAGUAACAAUUCAAGAACCUGCCCUAAAGAUCUUGAACAAAGAAGAUGCCAUGGAGCCAAUCGAAGUUUUAGAGAAUGGUAGCGUUACUUUUUACGUCCAACUCUCCAAGGAGGAUGCAUCAGUGCAGUGGCUCAGGAACUGGAAAGAAAUCAAUGAUAAGCGAAUCUGCUCAAGUUCUGAUGGGAAAUCUCGCAAGUUAACCAUCCGCCAGGCUCAGCUUUCAGACAGCGGUGUGUACACGUGUGAUGCCAGCACUGAUGAGGUCCAUUUCACUCUGCAGGUUAAAGUGGCCCCUAUUAAGUUUGAACACAAGCAGGAAAAGCCAGAAGAAAUUCUUGCAGUGGAGUCCAAGAGCACUGUGAUGUCGGCUGUGUUGUCAAGUGAGAAGAGUGUCGUGAAAUGGUUACGGCAUCGCAGCCAAAUUUUUGACAGCAAUAAAUAUGAGACGCGCGUAGAAGGAAGAGUACACAGCCUCAUAGUGAAAAAUACAUGCAAAGAAGACUGUGGCAUGUAUACCUGCAUCUCUCAGGAUGAUGAAAUGGUGUUUGUUGUCAACGUAAAAGAGCUGCCACUGACAUUUGUGCGAGGCUUACAACACAUCAGUGCGUACAAGGAUGACACCAUCACUCUAAGAUGUGAACUCUGCAAGCCUAAAGGGGAUGUCCAAUGGCUAAAAGAUGGUCAAGAGAUCCUUCCCAGCAGGCGAACUGUAAUUAAAGCAGAAGGUCGUGAACGAUUGUUGACCAUUAACCGUGCAACGGGCAGUGACUCAGGAGAGUACGUCUGUGAGUCAAAGGAUGAUAGGACCUGUGCUCAAGUUUCUGUGGAAAUGCCCAGAGUGGUGGAAUUCAUUGCAGAGCUACAUAAUGUUACUGUACUAGAAGGGGAAGAUGCCACGUUUAAGUGCAUGGUUUCUCCAGAAGAUGCUGAGCUGGUUUGGCACAGAAAUGGCAAUGUGGUUGUUCCAGAUGAGAGGUGCAUGGUAUCACGCAAUGGGUUGUGCCACACGUUAGUCAUCCAGAACUGUCAACUGAUAGACAACUCUAAGGUGACAGCUGAGGCUGAGGGUGUGGUGUCGAAGGCGAAUCUACAGGUUCAAGAAGCACAAGUGCUGUUCACCAAGAAGUUGGAAGCAUCGAUAGGUGAGGAACAUGGAGAAGCUACGUUGGAGGUGGAAGUGAGCCUGGAGUCAGGAGAGGUGCAGUGGAUGCGACAGGGUGUGGUUAUCCAGUCUAGUCCAAAAUUCACACUGAAUGCAAGCGGCAAGAAGCGCAGCCUCACCGUUCACAACCUCAGCAUCUCUGAUCGUGGCACGUACAGAUGUGAGACCUUGCAUGACAGAACACAGGGCAAGCUGAUGGUGGAGCCCAGGAAGAUCUCAGUCCUUAAAGGUCUAGCUGACACAGACACUUUUGAAAGGGAAACCGCGACAUUUGAAGUUGAGCUGUCCCAUGUGGAUGUGGAGGGGGUCUGGCAGAAGGAUGGAAUCCGUGUAAAACCUCACAAUAACUGGCGGGUUAGCACAAAUGGAAAAGUGCAUAGCCUGACCCUUUCAAAUCUAACAAUUGAAGACAGUGGUACGGUCACGUUCAGUGGAGAAAACAUAAAGACAUCUGCAAGACUCCUAGUGAAAGAGCUACCUGUGAUAUUCAUAAAGCAAAUGGAGGAUCUUAGGAUUCCUGACACCUCCAGUGCAUUGUUUGAAUGUGAACUGUCCAGACACACAGCCCAGGUGAAGUGGUUAAAGGAUUCAGAAAUCAUAAAACCAAAAAAAAACUACCGAAUCUAUUCCAUGGGGAGAAAGAGGUUUCUUCAGAUUAUAAACUGCACACUCGAAGAUUCGGGGACUUACACCUGUGAUGCAGGAGACUGUAAUGCAUCGGCUGUAUUGGAAGUUUAUGAGCGAGAGGUGCAGAUUGUACAAGGUCUCAAAGAUGUUGUAAUUCAAGAAGAUGAGAAUGCUGUGUUUGUUUGCGAAAUCUCAGUGGAGAAUAUAAAGGGAGAAUGGUUUAAAAAUGGGGAGAAAAUCAAGCCAACCAGUACUACCAAAAUUCGCCAUGAAGGAACAAAGCAUUUUCUUCUUAUUUGUAAUGUAAAGCCGGAGGAUUCCGGUGAGAUUAGAUUUGUUGCAAAAGAAACAGAGUCUUCAGCUUGCCUGGAGGUUGAAGAGCUGCCAGUUCACUUUGUAAAACCACUGCGGGAUAAAACAGCCCUAGAGAAGCAUCGUGUGAUCCUGGAGUGCACAGUGUCCAACCCACGGUCUUGUGUGCGCUGGUAUCGAGGAGACAAUCUCAUCUUACCUUCUGAUCACUAUGAAAUCUGUAGUGAAGGCUGUUAUCGUAAACUUGUCAUUCAUCAGGUGACAUCCAUGGAUGAAGGAACAUACUCCGUCCAAGCAGGAGAGCACCAGUGCUCUGCACGGCUGAUGGUAGAAGAACAAGCGAUCUUGGUGGUGAGGCAGCUAGCUGACGUAGAGGUCACCGCCCCAGAGACGGCCUGUUUCGAGUGCGAGGUGUCUGUCCCCGUCAUCAAGCCUCCCCAGUGGAGUCUCAAUGGGCAGCUUUUGCAGAAUGGAAAUGGUGUGCGCAUCGAGAGCUUGGGCACCAUUCACAGGCUUGUAUUGAAAGAAACCUCUUCCGAUAUGUCUGGCCUGGUCAAAUUCACUGCAGGAAAAGCCAGAAGUAGCGCAAGACUCAACGUAAAGAGCUGAAGAAAACAUCAGAAGUCAAGGCCCAAAAAUGGCAAACUUAAAAAUUGCUUUCCAAAUGCUUUUUUUUUUUUUUUCCAGAUUUUAAUUAGUCAUGUUUUUAAUGGGAACUAUUGAUGUAAUUUAUAAAUCUGUAUUUUUAUUAAUUUCACCUUGGACGUAUUGUAAAGAACAGUUCUGGUAUAAAAGAAGGAAAUGUUUUAAAAGUUAUGGGGUGGGAAGAAAAAUAAAUGUUUUUGUUUGGAAAGCU